GCAGAGCAAUGGGAAACUACUGGGAUGUGCCCUAACAGGUACAUCCAGAUUUCUAACGGAAAUAACAAAUGGCCAAGAAAAUCAGAAAAAAAUGCUCAGGACUGACUCAAGCAGCCACACAGGAAUACACUUCAUUCAGUCACAAUAUUGGUCUUUAACAAACUUAAAAAAAAACUAAUGCUUCACACUGACAUUUUUUAAUAGACCCUCCAUUUCAGUGGUGACUACAGAGAGCCAUGGGCAGCAUGAACCAGACAGCAGCCACUGAUUUCGUCCUACUGGGUUUCUUCCCGGAGCUCAGGCACAUCACGGCCGUGGUCACCCUCAUCCUCCUGGUCUACAUGGCUGCCCUCACAGGCAACAUCCUCCUCAUCCUGCUCAUCUGGCUGGACGCCCAGCUGCACACACCCAUGUACUUCCUGCUCAGCCAGCUGUCCCUCAUGGACCUGUCCUUGACAUCCAGCAUCGUCCCCAAGAUGGCCACCAACUUCUUCUCAGGCCGGCGGGACAUCUCGUUUGUGGCCUGUGGGACCCAGAUCUUCUUCUCCCUGACCGUGGCCAUCGCAGAAUGCAUCCUCAUCACUCUCAUGUGCUUUGACCGCUAUGUGGCCAUCUGUGAGCCCCUCCGGUACCCCACCAUCAUCAGUCCCAGGGUUUGCUUGCAGAUGGCUGCUGUGUCAUGGACUGGGGGGGCACUCACUUCGCUGGGCCACACGGCUUUCACCCUACACUUCCACAUCUGCAGCCCCAGGGAGAUCCCCCACUUCUUCUGUGAGGUCAUGGCUGUACUCAGAAUUGUCUGUGAGGACAUCUCGGUCUAUGAGAAGGCGGUGGUGGUAACCAGCAUCCUCGUUCUCCUGCUGCCCCUGCUUCUCAUCCUGUCCUCCUAUGUUCUCAUCUUCCUGGCUGUCCUAAAGAUGAACUCCCCUGAAGGCAGGAGCAAAGCUCUGGCUACCUGCUCCUCCCACCUCUGUGUGGUGAGUCUCUAUUUUGGUCCAGGAAUGUUCAUCUACAUGAGGCCCGGCUCUGCCAAGACCCCAAAGCUGAAUCAGGGACUCUUUCUGUUUGGAACAGUCCUGACUCCUCUCCUGAACCCCCUUGCCUACAGUUUCAGGAACAAGGAUGUUUUUGCUGCAUUAAAAAAGUUGAUGGGGAAGUGUGUGUGCUACACUAAGAGCUGAAAGUCCACUGUCUGCUAAAGGAAAACACACACAGCAGCAAACACUUCUCAGUUAAACAAGAACAUCUGCGAGGCCCUGGAACUGUCAACUUUACCGGGCUGCACCUUCUUCUGUUCACUUGCAGAAAAUCUG